AUGAACGGGUACUCCCCGGGGAGGCCCUCGCCGCCCCGGGCUGCUGGCCCUGGCGGAAGGUCAAUAGGUGGGGAUGGCCUCAGGAGAGACAUUAUGAACAACUUUGGAGGGGCGCCUUUGCGCGUUAAUCCGACAAAUGCCAAACUUCCGCCGAGCUCUGCCCUGGUUGAUCUCAAGGACCCGAUUCAAGUCCACUUAUUGACGGAGACGGCGUUGACGGACAGCAAGCAAUACCGAAUAUUAUCGCAGGAGGAAGUGGACGGGCUCAAGAAACAGAUUCAAUCCUUGAGCUUACGGGUGGAACAAACACGCACGAACCUCGCUAUCCAGACCAAGUAUCGAGAUGCCGCUGUUUCGAUGGCCAAGCUGUACUCGCAGCCCGAGGCGGGCAAGAGGAGGAGUCUGAUGGGCAAUAAUCGCAACAGCAUGGGAGAGUCUUUGCGUGAGGCCGAGGCGGAACGACAGGCCAGCGAGAAACGAGUCGACGACCUGUCGAACGAACUGCGGAGCCUCGAACAGCGCCUUGUUGAAUCGCAGAGGGGUCUCCUGGAGCACACCGCUGGUAUCCUCCAGCUGACGCACAAGGCAUCGAAAAAGCCCAUGAAUCAAAUCCCCGCCCAGUUGAUGAACGGAAUACCUGGAAGCCCAGAGAGCUUGUACACCUACUCCAACGGACGCAACAGUCUAGAGGUCGGGGACGACUCCUUCGACGACGAUGGACUCUUCCAGGACCUAAGCAACAUUAGUCCGCCUCGCGGAAAACCCAGAGUUGCUCCGCUCGAUAUUCCCUCAAAGGCGCCCAGUCGUGAGCAGGAUACCCAGUUACGGGAGGAGGCGGAUAAGCUGAGGGAAGAGAACGCAAAACUACGCGCGCAAGCCGACGCGUUGAACAGCCUUCGGGAAGAGAACACCCAGCUUCAGGCACAAACCGAUGCCUUGAGCGGCGAGAUUGAUUCUCUGAAAAAGGAGAACGCACAACGCUUACAGUCUGUUUCUGACGCGGAACGAAAGCUAACGACAUACAACCAAACUCUACGAGACGUAAUUAUAAACUUUAAUCCAGCCAAGAACGGAGGCUUCCGGGAACCUCCCUCGCUAGCAGUGGAAGGGCCAGCCGAUCCUGGCGCUACACUGGGGAGCCAAUUUGAGUACCUGGAGGCAGGUCUGUCGACUGUACGCCAGGAACAAGAGCUUCAGUCGACUGGUAGUCUGCAGGACGCGGAGGCUGCCGCAGCUCAGGCAUCCAUCGCCCUCACGCAAGCAGAAGGCCGUCUCGAGGACGUGAACCAGAAAAUGCGCGAUCUUCUUGUGGAAGUUGACCCAAGCUACCCCGAAGUUCCGGACUCUGGCAUCGACGCGCAGUUCGAGUGGCUUCAGAGCGCUCUAACUGUUGUGGAAGAGGAGAUGAAGAAGAAUGCCAGCAAGUCGGCUGUCAAGAAGCAAGACGACGAGCAGGCCGAGGUCGUACUGAUGGGCCUGUGGGAGAUCAUUCAGACAGGUUUCGCAAGCAUUCAGCAGCAGAAGGCAGAUCGCCGCCGUACACGUAUGGAGCAGGGCAGAUCUGACAACGACGAUGACAUGUCUGGAGAUGAAGCUGUCGAUACAUCAGAGCCUUACUCGUUGUCAGCCUUCUCUACAAAGGUCCAGUGGCUCUACAGCCAAGCCACGAGUCUCAAGGAGCAGAAGUCUGUUCUCAAGCGCCAAAUCAAGCAGCAGCGGGAGUUGAACAACAAGUCCGACUCGCAAAAAGAUGAGGAGCUGAAGACCAAGCAAGACCAACUCGAUCAGCUUCGAUCAGCCCAGAUGCGAGCCGAGGAAGAGAAGGCACUUGAGCUUACGCUCAAACAGGAUCAGUUGGACCAGCUCAGGUCACUGCUCGAACGGUCCGAGGAGGAGGUUGCUGAGGCUCAGGAGAAGCUCGCCAAAGCGCAAAAGGAGGCAGAGGCCGCCACCACUACGCGCAUGGCCAACGAGUCCAGCAGUGCCAAGUCUCAAGACGAGAUCAGGGAGCGUGAUGCGAAGAUCGCGUCUUUGGAGGCAAGCAGCAAGGAGGCCCAGACAACACUUGCCAGUCUCAACACAAACGUUCAGGACAUGAAUAGCCAGCUAAGCAAGGCCAACGAAGAAGUGGCGCUCUUGACGACGAGGCUGGCCGGAGCAGAGAAAGCGGCAGUCGAAAAGCAACAGGAGGUUGCGGCCAAGGACAAGGAGGUCAAGGAGAAGGAGGAAGAGAUUGAACGUUUCAACAUGAUGAUCGUCGAGCUUAAGACGGAGCUGACCAUUGCACAAGCCGAGCUCGAUGGUGCUUAUGGCUCUCGUAAGGAGAGGGCCAACCAGGCUGCGGCUGUUAAGAGCACCGUCGAGGUCACCCAGCUCAAAGCAGAGGUUGACAGGCUUAAGGAGGAGCUCGCUUCUACACUCAAGGAGCUGGAGAACAUCACGGCCGAGACGAUUAACGCCGAAAGGGAGAAGUUUGAGGUCGAGACCAAGCUCGAUGACGCGCUUGCAGUCAAGUCGAGCCUUGAGGGCGAGAUUGGCUCAUUGAAGGACCAGCUUGACGCCGAAGUUAACAACUCAAGGUCCAAGUUGUCCAAGCUGCAGGAGGAGCUUGACGAUGCGCGCCUCAAGGUGACCCCAGGCACCGGCGCUCGCGGUGCUGGCGCAUCGAUGCUCAGCGAACAGUUCCGCACUACGAUGAGAGAGGAGAGGAAGAAGUUCCAAGAAGACAUGAGGGAGGAGCAAGCCAAGAGAAGAAGACUCGAAGAAGAGUUGCAAAAGAUACGGAAGUCGCAAGGUCCUGGACGGAGCCCCUUGAGCCCGCGAUGA